CACUGAAACAAAAUUAGGAGACACAUGUAGAUUAUGCAGAUUUAACAAAUCUCACACAGCGUAAUACAUUCUGUAUUUCAUUUUUCAGAUUUUUGGCUACGGGCGAUACUUUUACUACUAUUUCAUCUUCAUACCGAAUGGGUAUAAGCACCGUUUCAAGUAUAGUUUCUGAAGUUUGUGAAGCUAUUUGGAAAGUAUUGCAGCCAAUAUACAUUCCAAUACCAACUCUACAGACAUGGGAGCAAAUAUCAGAAGGAUUUUAUACAAUAUGGGGCUUUCCAAACUGCCUUGGGAGUAUUGAUGGAAAACAUAUAACUAUCAAGUCUCCACCUAACAGUGGAUCGAUGUUUUAUUGCUACAAAAAUAAAUUUUCUAUCGUUCUUCUGGCGCUAGUUGAUGCACAUUAUAAGUUCAUUUAUAUAGAUGUUGGAUCAUAUGGCAAGGAUUCAGAUAGUACAAUUUUUGAAAAUUCAACACUCUACAAACUUGUAAAAGGAAGGAAAAUGGAAUUGCCUGCAUCUAAACCUUUACCAGGUUGUGAAAACCCUACACCACACGUGUUCAUCGGCGAUGGAGGUUUUAGAUUGGAAACUUUUCUAAUGAGACCGUUUACUAGAGAAUCAAUAAUAAAUGAUCCUGAUAAAAAAAAAUUUAAUCGUGCAUUAAGUAGAGCUAGAGUUGUCGUGGAAUGUGCAUUCGGAAUAUUGGCCCAGAAGUUUCGUAUAUUUUUGAGACCCUUUGAAACUGAUAUAAACAAUACCGUAAAAGUCGUCAAAGCAGCAGCAUGUCUACACAAUUAUUUACAAGAUAUGGAAAGUGCCUAUGUGUAUGAAAACCAAAAUUCUACUAAUCCUUUGGGAGCAUUUGUAUCCAUACAACCAAACAGACAUAGGGCAAAUAAUGAAGCGUUUGAUGUUAGACAAAAUUUUGUGAAUUAUUUUAAAAGCUAGUUUCUGUAAUUAAAUGGAAUGCAUUGUA